CUUGUCCUUGCGAGCACCAUCGGUACCUUUGAUUUGCAGCCAUUCUAACUUACUUGUACUGUGCAGGUAAGGAGUGCAGGCACAUCAUGCUUUCGCAGCAACGCGCGCUGGACCCCCUUUCAGCGCCGGUGCACCGUCCCCGUGUCCAGUGCCAGCUCGCCAUCGGCCUCGCUUUUUAUGCUACUCCGGGUGCCGUACAGGUGAUUUCAUCAAUAGUCUUGCCCCCUUCCGAGGUACCAACGGCAAGCCACCAGGCCGGAUAUGACCAUUAUAUGUACCAAAGCAAUGAAGAAACACACACACAAUGGCAGCACCGUUACCUUGCUACUGAGUUUACUUCUGCUCAAUUACUUGGUGCUUGUAUAACUACAUGUAACUGAGGCUUCUUGAAGCCACUGGGCUUCCCCUGUUACAAGAAAAUUCGCG